AACGCAUCUAGAAUACAUUAAUCUAAGCUGUAAAGCCCUAUGACAGGUACAUAGGGAAUGGUAAUACCGUUCUUGAGAUUGGCAACGCCAAGCUUACUGGGUUGACGACUGAUAUUCUCACCUCCCAGGCGGGCAAUACCACCAUCGUGAUUACAAUACGCUCUUUCAGCAGAGUGAGUGAAAUACACAACGAACCCGUGACACUUUCCCGAUAGAACAUCCUAACCCGAGCAAGACGUAUGGCUUGGUCUCCAGAGGGUCCACUAGACAGGCUUGUACCUCCCUUCAUCAGUCCAUCCCAGUCGUGGAUGAAAAGCACUCCACAAGCCCUAAUCGCACAUAUCGUGAAGCAAGUCGACUCCAGGUCACUAGGCAAGCCACAAAAAUACCGGAUUGUUAUGACGCAUGAGCAAGAGCAAGGUCCGUGGAAAAGAAAAAGUUUGAAAAAGUCUGAAAAAGAUUGGAAGCGUCAAUCGCUGACGGGAAUUGAGCCCGACGUGGGGGUCGAACCCACAACCUUGAGAUUAAGAGUCUCACGCUCUACCGAUUGAG